UCCCUAAAGAAUAUCAAUAAGAGAAGAGAUCUAGAGGGAGAGGGAGAGAGAGAGAGUUGGAGAGCGGAGAAAAUGGGGAGAGGAAAGAUUGAGAUCAAGAGGAUAGAGAACUCAAGCAAUAGACAAGUUACAUACUCAAAAAGGAGAAGUGGGAUUAUGAAAAAGGCUAAGGAAAUAAGUGUUCUUUGUGAUGCUCAAGUUUCUGUUAUCAUCUUUAAUAAUUCUGGCAAGAUGCACGAUUUCUGUAGCCCUUCUACUACGUUAAUUGACUUGCUGGAUCAGUACCAUAAACUCUCUGGGAAGAAGCUCUGGGAUGCUAAGCAUGAGCAUUUGGACAAUGAGAUCAACAGAAUCAAGAAAGAGAAUGAUAGGAUGCAGACUGAACUCAGGCAUCUGAGUGGAGAGGACAUAACAACUUCGAACUACAAAGAACUGAUGGUUUUAGAGGAAGCUCUUGAAAAUGGGAUAUCAAGUCUCAAAGCCAAACAGAUGGAGUUUGUACCGAUGAUGAGAAAACAUAAUGAAAUGCUUGAGGACGAGAACCAGGGGCUCCAAUUCAAGCUGCGGCAGAUGCAUUUGGAUCCGAUGGAUGAUCAAAAUGGGUUAGAAAAUGGGGAUGUUUAUCAUCAACAGGGAGUUGGAGACUACGAAUCACAAAUGCCUUUUGCCUUUCGUGUGCAGCCAAUGCAGCCGAAUUUGCAGGAUCGUUUCUAGUAGCAUUGCCUGAUGCUCCUAAUAUAUAACAUAUAAAUAAAUGACCUCUGUCGCUGCUUAAUUUGGUUUCUUCGAAGAAAACCUUAGUUAAAAUUUGUAAGCUUAAUUAGGUUGUCUGAAACUGUUUCAAUUGUGCAUGCCUUUGUCCAAAGGUUUUAAGCCUGACUUCUGGAUGUUAUUUUAACAUUUAUAUAUGUUUUUUGUAUUAGUAUUUAGUUACCAA